AUGAUUUCAGUCAAAUGCGAAGGAGGCAUCAACAAAAAUACCAUAACCCGCGGCGCCGAAGCCGUUCGCCCUCUAGGCAACUUCGUGAUUGCUGACAACCAUCGUCGAAUAGGGCCUCAAGAUACUCACGUUAUGAAAGAUCUAGAUCGCCGCGCGAUCGCUCACCCGACCGAUUUGAUAGAGGCGCUCAGCAAUGGCGGCUUUCCUCCCAACCGCGACUUUGGCGACCCAUUGCGGCGCGAGCCUCCUCGCGGCCCAAAAGCCUUGAUCGACGCACCGAGUGGACCCCGUGGCGGAGGUUUCGGAGGAGAUUUUAGAGGUCGGGGUCGGGGGCGCGGUCGCGGAUGGUCUUCAAGGGACGAUAGCCGAGAUCGGGGUCGAGACAGGGACAUGGACUUUCGUGAUCGUUACCGCGAUGACCGAAGCCGUGAGCGUGAUCGCGAUAGGGAGUGGCGCGAGCCUAGAGAUUUCCGCUCACGUCGCUCUCCUAUCGGCCGCGCAAGAUCACCUAAUCGAGACUUCCGAGAUAGAGACCGUGAUGGACCUCUGGGCGUAGACGCAGAUAGGUCCAGGCGCGGUUCUCGAGAUGGGGGACCGCCCUCUGCAGGAUCAUCAUCUUCUGAUCCCCAGUUUAACAUGGCGCCUUAUCCUCGUGGCGGAGGUUUCCAUCGAGGACGUGGGCGAGGAAGAGGAGAUUGGACUUCGGAAAGAGGGCGCGGACGAGGACCAUAUAUGGACGAUAGGGGUGAUCGCUACCCACGAAGUCGGUCUCAAGAGGGUCGAUGGGGUAGGGAUCGUGAUGAUAGAGAUCGCAUGGAGCGAAUGGAUCGUUAUGCUGACCCAGAGACCCGACACAGCCGAGACGAACGUGGAGACAAUCGAGAUCGCGAAUUGUUCAGAAACAAAAUGGAAGCUCGCGCCAACGCAGGCCACGACUCAGGACUGUCUAGUAAGGAAGUGUCGCCGCCUCCUCCUGUUGUGCCAUCUGCUCCUACCUUUGGAUCUUCGAUCAGCCGAGGGCUGAGCAUAGGAGAGGGGUAUGUUUCCGCCAGCGCUGCCACGAAGAUACCGCCUACCGCACCCCGCGCUUUUGGCGAUCGGCCUCCGUCAGCUGGACAUGAUCCAGCUAUGCCUCCCAUGGGCAUGGGUAAGCCAAUGAUGCAUGAUGGUCCUUCGAUUCCAGUCGGCCCUCGAGCCCAGCAACCUCCUCCCCCAAGACCUUCCAGCAAGCAAUGGAUCAACCCUAACCUUAAAAAGGCACCGGAUUCGCCAAAGAUGAUGAGAUCCCCGAGUUUUGUACAGCAGCGACCGGCUAUACGACGCGGUAGUUCUCAGUACGAUCAUUAUAAUGAGGAUGAGAGGCGACCGCGUAGUAGCGAUGCAAAGUCAGACACUCAUUAUGACAAUCGGGCUCGGUCCAAUUAUAGCGCGGAGCCAGGAGAAAUCACCGUCAAAUCCGAGCGAGAAUCUCAAUCUGCAAGAGCAUCAAUCGACAGAGACACACGGCCUAUCAACGCUUCUAGGCGGGAUUCUUAUCGCUCUGGUCCAUCGCCUACCAUGGAAAACAUGCCCAGAUUCAGCCAGGUAUCUGAGGACCGUGCAAGAGAGAUGAGAGAACCUCCCAAAGAAGCCCCCAAAGAAGCCCCUAAAGAAUCGCCAAAGCGGAAGCGUGUUCGACCAGUUAUCAAGGUGGUCAGGUUUGAAGUCCCCCCUAAACCAGAGCCUGUGGAACAGAACUCGGAAUCCGAUGACGACGACGACAUGGCCGACUACUUUGACAUGGAAAUUGGGAAAACGGAGGCUGAAUUGAGUAAACUUGAGGGGCCGAAGUUGCCUACUCAGGUCAUGGCUCGGUUUGCGGCUCUUUCUCAUGGAUCUAUGGUCAAGAUUGUCGGGGAACAGGAUGGACUGCUCAGGAUGGUGGAAGAGCUCCCCGAGGCGGCAAACAAGCUUGUCGCUGAGAAAAUCAAGGAACCUGCACCUGACGAAGAACAUGAAAAGGCGGACGUGGAAAUGGCAAAUACUUCCGAAAAUGCAAAUGAAGUCAAGUCCGAACCACCGCAGCAGCCACACCAGGAAGACAUGGAGUUGGAGCCGGAGCCUGAGAUUCAUGUCAGGGGUUCGGAGGAACCAGAUGUUGAGCCGGCCCCGAAGCCAUUGCCUGAAAUCACCAAAGAGCCGACAGAGCAGGUUAUCGAACAGUCUAUCGACAAACCCGAGAAAUCCGUGGAAUCCACCGAGAACACUGCUAAGAAACCCGUCGAGAGACAGAGCGUUGAAUCUGUCGCGCAGCUUGACAAGAGACCAGCCCACGAGGAUGUGGAAGAAAAUUCUAACGAGAAGCCUUUUGAGAAACUUGCCGCGAAGCCUGUCGAGGAUAUUGUUGAGGAUGCUGCACAGCAGCCUGUUGAGGAAACCGGCAAACAAGAACCUAUUGCAUCAGCACUUGAACCCGAGAUUGAUGAAAUGGAUGUUGACGAACCUGCCGUCGAGGCUGCACCAGCCGCGUCCGGGACCUCGAUGCCUGUUGCUGACAGAGAAGUUAAAGAUCCAACUCCUGCGACACCUGAAACUGCCAUCAAGGAACUUCCAGUUGAACCUAUGGAGAUUAGCGACAUGACUUUACGCACAGUCAAAGAAUCUCCUGUGGAGAAACCAAAAGAUGAUAACCCAAGUGAGAUGCCCGUCGACGCCCGUCCCGAAACGCCCUCGCAGGUACAGAAAGAGGGAUUAGGUGAUACUCCUUCCGGAACAUCCACAGGGAAGCACGACCAAAAUGUUAUCAAAACUCCAGUGAAAGUUCCUGCCGAACCUCAAAUCGAGACUCCUGCAAACAAGUCUGAAACCAGUCUUCACAGGCACAUCGAGACUGACAAUACCCCCGUUACUGUCAUUGCACCAAACGUCGUUUUACAAACCACCGAGACAGCUUCGAAGCCACCUAGCACACCAUCGCAGGUUGACGACGACGAAACCGAGUCCGAGGAUGAUUCCUUCAUGAAUAUGGAUACUGUCCGACAAUAUAUGACCACGCCGCCAAUCGAUAGCCUCCCCAACUUCAGCUGUCAGCCUUGGGACCAGGACAAGGAGUUCAUGGGCACUCUCGAAUCAGACUCGUUCCUUGACGGCUUUGUUCUUGAACAUUUGAAUAAGCUGCAUUUGGAAAAGUCUGCAGAGCAGGAUCAUGAUAAGAAGAUCUACUCUGACAACUAUCAUCAUUACCUGGACUUUACUAUGUCAAACGAUCCUGCUGCUGUAAAGAGCCGUGGAAAGUUCUCGGUCUCGACAGGCAUUGAAUUCACCGGCACGGUGACCCCUGAGCCAAAACACGAGGGAAGCGGCCGUGGGCGUCGUUUCGCAACUGAACGAGACCUCGAACGUGUUUUACAAGCAUCAAUGCGCGAAGACGAAGAAAGAAGAGAGCGUGAGCUUCGAAUGCAGCAGGAAAAGUACCGCACUGAUAAGGAAGCUGUCAUCCCGGAUAUGAUUUGGACGCAGGAAGAAAAGGACAAUACUAACUAUAUUGACAAGAGUGGAUACACGCCUGUUGACCGAUUAGUAUCAGCAUGGCGUGUCUUGCCUCCGGUCAAUAACUUCACCGAGGAAGAGGCCGGUCUGUUCGAGAAAAGAUACUUGGAAGCACCCAAGCAAUGGGGCAGAGUUGCGGAAGCUAUCCCGCACCGUAACUUCGGCGCUUGCAUCCAGUAUUAUUACAUGAACAAGAAGAACCUCAACCUGAAAGAGAAACUCAAGAAGCAGCCUAAGAGGCGCAGAAAGGGUAAGGGGAAGCAAAGGUCUAGUGCACUGGUAUCGGAAUUGGGCAACGGCGACGGAGAGACAGAGGAAAACCAUGAUACAGGAGAGAACGGUGAGAGAAGACGACCGCGACGAGCGGCUGCGCCUACUUGGGGCUUUGAACAACCUCCAAUUGACACAGAGGCCUCGACGCCCAAUGCUACACCUGGUAGGCGUGGAGGUUCUGCAAAGGUUGAUCAUCCCGAAAAGGUGGACGGAAGAAAGAGACGAAGAGGUCCCAAGGAAAAGGAACCCAAAGCACCGAAAUCAAACCAGACUUUGGCUGCGGCACCAGGGCCUGCCAAGGGCCGCUCGAGGUCCAACUCAAGAGCUCUCAACACAGAUGGCACCACGACUCCUUUGCCAGUUCCUGAAGGUCAUCGUCUCCCAACUCAAUUCGAGCAGCACCCAGCCGGGAUCCAGCCUCCCUUCUCUGUGCAGCCACAGCCCAUGCAGACAUUGGAACGUCCUCCACCAGUUGCUUCCACGUCCCUCUCGGAGGUAAUGGCAGCACCGUCACUUCGACCUGACCCACCUCCACAACCUGCCAUGGCUACUUUCAACUUGACUCACCAGUCAUCAGAACGUAAAGCACCGACUCAAGCAUCUAGUUACUGGAGUGUGUCUGAAUCUAAUGACUUCCCGCAUCUCCUACGCUCGUUCGGCUCGGACUGGACAGCUAUCGCGGCCCACAUGGGCUCUAAAACUGCUGUCAUGGUGAAGAAUUAUUAUGUUCGUCAAAAGGAUCAAGGCAAGUCCGAAUGGGAGAUUAUUGUCAGUGACGCCGAGAGGAAGAAACAGUCCGGGGAGAAACUGCCAGAUCCACCUCAACCAUCAACAGGAGGGCGAGGAAGGAGAUACGACAGCUCAGCAGCUGCUUCUCGGCCCCUUGCUGUUGCUCCAGGAAUUGAAAUACAUGGGGAAACACCACAACCCAAGAUGGAACCUGCCGGUCAACCUCCUCGUGGCCCGCAAUUCUCAGCCUUUGGAGGAGUUCCUAUCGCACAGGCUCCUGUCCAGCAGCAACCAAUUGUUCAGUCACAACAACCCAUUAUCAAUCAGCAUCCUACCGCUCAACCAGUUACUCAGGUUAUGUCACCUGGCCCAAGACCUUUGCAAGCCCCUGUACAACAACAAUUUAGACUUAACGAACGCGAGCCUGCAGCACGCGUACCGCUUCCACAGAAAGCCUCUGUCAGACCUCCUGGCGUGGAGCCACGAGAGCAACGGCCUCUGGCUGCCGCACAGCCACUGCAGCCGUCUCGAAAUGAGGCUGCUAUGAUGGAACACAACGCUCAGAUGGAACGUCAAAAGAUGGAGAUGCAGAUGCGUGAACAAGAGCAACGCGAGUUAGCUCGACAGUCAGAAAGGCAAACUUUACGUGUCAAGCAGGAGCGCGAGAUGACACCACAGCCCCAUCAUUACGAGCCAUAUGCUCAUCACCGCCAACAAGGAAGCCUCGGCGGUCAACCAUUGCCGAGGCCGCUACAGGAGUCUGGUCGUCCUCAAUCCUAUGGUCCUCCUGUGCAGCAGCAAGCUCCUGUUCAGCCAGUGCGAAAUCUGAUGGAGGAACAACCCCUCACACGCUCGCCUCAGAUGGGCACGCCUACCAGUCGUCCCGUGUCUUCUCUUCAGCAACGACCCUCUUCAGGCUCAAUGCACGAUACAUUUGGCUCAGUUACACCCCAAUCUGGCACUCCAGUCCAAACUCCAGCAGCAGCACCUCCUCGUCCCCAAGAGCAACGUAAGGGAGGUCUUAAUAUCAUGUCGCUGCUCAAUACGGACGAUACUCCUCCAAAACCCAAGCGAGUGAAUGAUGUCACAAGCACUCCUACAAGGCCCUCGCCCACUCCCCCGCCCCGCAGCGGCCGUCCACUUCCAGGGCCGCCAUCACAAAUUCGGCGUGAGCCAGAACCAUACUCGCCCUUCGCUCGAGGUACGCCUGUAAUGCCACCUCUCAAGCCAACUUAUGCGGAUUCUCCUCAGCCCCCGCACAUGGGCACUUCGAGGGCGUCGAUAGGAGUAUCGCACGAAGCUGCCGCUGCUGCAGACCCGCGAGACUUCUAUAGGCAGAAUCCUUAUCAGUCUGCAAACCAUAGCCGCACAAAUUCACCUCAAGGUGACCAUCGCUACCCUCCCCCAGGCCCCCCUCAGUAUCAGAACCAGGGAUAUCCAACGUCAUACGCCAAUACAGGCCAGCCAGCACAUGCUGGAUCACCGGGUGGUCAGUAUGGCCACCCUCGUUCACGAGAAGUCGCCCAGGGUGGUCGUGAAACUUCUUGGCCGUCGCCGGCCCAACAAGGUCAUCCCAGCAUGCAACAGCCCGCCGGCUGGUCAUCGCAGCCACCUCCCAACACAUCGCAACCACCGCCACAACAACAGCAGUGGCCUCCGCAACAUCCUUCGUCCAAACCCCAAACACCAGGGGCGUCAUGGGCUGCAUCACAACCACCUUCUCAGCCACCCCCUCAACAAGGUCACCACAUGCCCAUGAGAGAUGAUGGAAGAGGCCCUUACUACCCUGGUGGAGCGAGCAUGCCACCACAGCAACAUCAGAUGCAGGGUCGCUAUCCAACUCCAGUCUCGCGUGGGCCUGAGCAGGUGCCUCCUCCUGGGCAAGCAUACCCUCGUUAUGCUUCUACUCCUGGCCCUGGGCAGCCACGAGAUCAUAGAGAAAUGCCUGGUCGUAGCUUUACGCCCGCGAGUUACGAUGCACGUGGGCCGCCCCCUCCAGGGGGUCCCAUGUACCCUGGCCAUGAUCCUCGAGAUCCCAGAGACCCUCGUGAUCCCAGAGACCCCCGUGAUCCAAGGGAUCCGCGAGAAAUGAUGGGAAGAGGAGGAUUGAGGCCACAUGAAUACGAGAGACAUCAAGAUUACUAUAGGAGAUGA